GCUGGUUGUCAUGGAGGAGCAAAGAUGGCGGUCCUGGCCUAUAGCCUGGGCAAACGCGAAAUAAACCAACACUUCACCAUAAAAAACGCCAAAGUCAUCUCGCUGACGGUCGUGCUGCUGCUGCUGCUGUUCCACGCAGCCUCGCGGUACCAUGGAGGCGGAGACUCCUGCGAGUGGCUUCUGUCUAGAGGACGCUACUUGGGGGAGAACGUAUGGCAGCCUUAUGGCUGCAUGAUGCACAAAUACAAAAGCAUCGAGGCCAAAACCUGCCUUGCUGAAAAGCGGGUGGCCUUUGUUGGAGAUUCACGAAUCAGGCAGCUAUUUUACUCCUUCGUCAAAAUUAUAGACCCUGAAAGGAGAGAGGAUGGAAACAAGCAUGAGGACAUUUCCUUUGAAGACGAGACUUCCUCUGUGAACGUGGACUUCCUGUGGUAUCCAGAGGCAAAUAAUUCAAUGAAGGAGCGUUUGAUAUCAUGGACACACGAAGCUUCAGUAAAGCCAGAUGUUGUCAUCGUCGGAGCUGCCACUUGGUCCAUCAAGUUGCACAGCGGCAGCAGCGAGGCCCUGCAGCAGUACAAAGUCAACCUGACCGCCAUCGCUGUGCAUCUGGAGAGGCUGGCUGACCACGGAGAGGUCUACUGGGUGCUGCAAGACCCAGUUAAUGAGGAGGUGCUGAGUGAGAACAGGAAAAUGAUCACCAACCAACAGCUGGAGCUGUACAACGAGGCGGCGGCGGACGUGCUCAACAGCAGCAAGCGUAGCGGCAGGUCCCGGGUCAAGCUGCUGGCCGCGUCCCGUCAGGCAGCACUGGAAACCAUCGGCCAGUCAGACGACGGCCUGCACCUGCCCGAAAGCACCAGGAACGUGGGGGCCAUGGUGCUCAUGAACUCCAUGUGCAACAAGGUACUGAGGCCAAUCGACGGCUCCUGCUGCCAAACGUUACCACCGCCCAACUUCCUGCAGAAAAUGGCGGCGUGUUUCUUCCUGGGCUCGGCCCUGGUCUUCCUGGUCCUCCACGUCCUCGGCAACAACCGCCACCGCCGACCUGUGCCCCCUGAUGUGGAAAGCCUGGAGGAGAAGAAGCCAGCGACGGCAGCUGUCCCCUUCGGUCCAAAGGCGCCCUUCCGCGCUCUCUGCAGGAUGGGCCUCAUUAUGGGCUACUUUUACCUUUGUGACAGAGCAGACGUGUUCAUGAAGGAGCAGAAGUUCUACACGCACUCCAAGUUCUUCAUUCCGCUCAUCUAUAUAUUUGUGUUGGGAGUGUUUUACAGUGAGAACAGCAAGGAGACCAAAUUACUCAACCGGGAGCAAACCGAGGAGUGGAAGGGCUGGAUGCAGCUCGUCAUCCUCAUCUAUCACAUAUCUGGUGCCAGCGCUUUCAUUCCAGUGUACAUGCACGUGCGGGUGCUGGUGGCAGCGUACCUGUUUCAGACCGGCUAUGGACACUUCUCCUUUUUCUGGCUGAAAGGAGACUUUGGACUGUAUAGAGUGUGCCAGGUACUUUUCCGUCUGAACUUCCUUGUCUUGGUGCUGUGUGUCGUAAUGGACAGACCCUAUCAGUUCUAUUACUUCGUCCCAUUGGUCACCUUCUGGUUUGUCAUCAUCUACGCCACGCUGGGCAUGUGGCCCCAGAUCCUGCAGAAGAAAGCCAACAGCAGCGGCAUAUGGCACCUCGGGGUGUUGGCGAAGUUACUGGGCCUCCUGUUGUUCAUAUGCUUCUUUGCAUUUUCACAGGGUUUCUUUGAGAGCAUCUUCUCCAUGUGGCCCAUCUCCAACUUCUUUGAGCUGAACGGAAGCAUCCACGAGUGGUGGUUCAGAUGGAAGCUGGACCGAUUUGCUGUAAUCCACGGCAUGUUAUUCGCCUUCAUCUAUCUGGUGCUGCAGAAGCUUCAGGUGCUGUCCGAGGGAAAAGGAGAUGCUCUGUUCUCCGGCAGGAUCUCCAACCUGCUUCUCUUCCUCUCUGUCGUCUCCUUCAUAACCUACUCCAUAUGGGCCAGCAGCUGCAGCACCAAAACCGAGUGCAAUGAGAUGCAUCCUUACAUCUCUGUGGUCCAGAUUCUGGCCUUCAUUCUUAUCAGGAACAUUCCUGGCUACGCCCGAUCUAUUUACAGCUCCUUCUUCGCAUGGUUCGGAAAGAUCUCCUUGGAGCUGUUCAUAUGCCAGUAUCACAUCUGGCUCGCAGCAGACACCAAGGGGAUCUUGGUCCUGAUUCCGGGGAACCCUUCACUCAACAUCAUGGUCAGCACCUUCAUCUUCGUCUGUGUGGCUCAUGAGAUUUCCCUCAUCACCAACGACCUGGCCCAGGUGGUCAUCCCCAAAGACAGCGUGGCCCUGCUGAAGAGGCUGGGGGCCGUGGGGCUCCUCAGUCUGGCGGUGCUGCUGCUUGCCAGGGGCAGCCAGUCCACUCCUAGCCCCUGAUGGGACCCCUUCGAUGGAGAGGGCUGGGUAACCCGCUAAGCCCUCUGCUGAGACUGAGGUACAGAUGCAAGCCAGGAGCUGGCCCGGGGCUUGAUGCUACUGGCGGCCGCAGGAGACGGCGUCAGCAGUGGCGGCUCAAAGAACUCGAGGGUGAUCAGAUUGUCACUGCUCGCCGUGUUUGAGCAGUAUCUGUCCUUUUUUUGACUGCUGUGAAAGUCACACACUGAAGAAAAGAAAAAUGCCCAGAAAAAGGAGGGGACUGCUUCUUUUUUAGGGUAAAAUGGCAAGAGAGAAAAAGAGAACAAAAAAAAUCCCUCCAAAAGUUUACAUUUUCUGCAUUCAACAGAAGAACGGAAGAGUUUUUAUUUGCAACAAAAAGAGGUCCUCAUUUCAACACCCUCGUGCUUGCUGUGUGAAAUUUUGUAGCGUCGCUUCUAUUCAGCCUAACAAAAAAAAACAGGCUUCUUCUGUCACUUAACAGUACUUCCUGUCGUUACUUCGAUCUGGAAGAGAUCACUACACACACACUCCGUCCACGUGGCAGUUGCAGCUGAAAGUGUUGUUUUUUUUCCUUUUUGCUCAGGUGGAUCCAUAAUCCACAUAUUCAGAUAUCUACACUUGUAGGAUUCAAAUGUUCCGUUGGGCUGCAUUCACUGAUCAGCAGAGCUUUGUACAGUAUUUCCAGUGACUUUAAAAAAAAAUCGUGUGAGAUAUCUAAAUAUGCAAUCUAUGGACCAACAAUAUGGUUUGCGUGAUCAAAAAAAACUGUAAGGUAAAAAACAAUAAUUGGAGUGAAAUUGUGGAAAUGUUGGUUAAUCUCUCAACAUUUUUUUGUGGUUACUUCAAAAAAAAAGGUUUGCCUUGUUCUGAAAGGUACUGUGGUCACCUGAUAUAGCCCUGAAAUUCUAUGUGAUAUGUACAGUAUUUAAUGAUUUAAAUUAAGCUUAUAUUUUAUACAAUGUUUUUUUUUUUUUUUUUUGGCUUUGUUUUAUUCUCACGCCCAUGACUGCUGUUUGUGAAGGAAGUAUUACAUUGAUCAUUUUCUACUGCCUCAGAUACACACAACAGAGAUUGAGCCUUGACAGUCCACCCCCCCCGCCCCCACCAACCCUGUCGGUCCUAUUAGCAGCUGACUUCAGAGUCUGUGUAUAUUUGUAUGAUAGAGUGAUAUAUUUAUUUUCUACAGUCAGGCUUCAUCAGUGUUUUAAGUCCUUCAUUAAAAACAUGCCUCAUAGCUCUGUUGUUAAACUGCUGGGUUGCACAUAUUGUACCAUAGGGCUAAAAGCUGACUAUUCCCCCCUCUGCUGCCACAGCAAACUCUUUGGUCAGCGAACAAGCGAUGUGUUGAGACUGAAUGCCUUUCGAACAUACAGCUUUUGCUCAGUGGCUUAUACACGCGGCACAUCUCCAGAUGUGCGUGGUCACGUCUGCGAUGUGGCCUGGGAUCACAAUCUCCCGUCACUUCACACUUGGCAUCAGGGCCACGUCAACAUUCAAAAUAGACAACUACUUUGUAAUGCACUGACUGAGCGGAGGAGACGUUUUACUGAAGGUCAAACAGAAAUCGUGUAUAUUUUGUCAACUGACAAAUAGUCUAUGUCGCUGCUUAUUUAUCCUCACAGACGUUUAGGAGAGAUCAUGUACCCUAACACAUUUUUACUGCAGGAAAUGGGAUGCUUAGUUAAGAUGAUUUGGCAGAAAAGAAAUGAGAAUAUUGUAAGGUCCAAGCUGUCAUGCAUGAGAUUUUAGAGUUGCAUAUUAUAAAGCCCGACUGAUUUGGCUUUUGGAUAAAACAUUUCUGAUAUCGAUAUAUCGCCCGAUACAUAUAUUUAAAAUAAACAAUGUAAAUUGGCAACGAUUUAAUAUUUUUCAAAUAUUGACAUAUUUGUAUUUUAGCCCGUGUUUUCAUAUAUUUCAAAAACGCAAUUCUGCACUGACAGUGGCUAUGAAUUAAAAAAAUGCAAUCAAUCGUAAAAAACUUAACUAAAAUGUAAACAUAAAUGCACUUUUCUGCAUUGUUUUUUCUGUCAAAUAAAAAAUUCAAACUGCCACACACUGCCAAAAAACAAUACUGAUAUGUGUGUGAAGGGCUCAUAUCUGCCAAUAUGAUCUGACUAUUGCUUGCAUCGGUCGGGCUCAAGAUGAUUUCAUCUGCCGUGUUGUAGUGAACGGUCCCAGUGUCAGUUGAUUUCUACACAUUUACGUAGAUUCCCUUUAUAAAAAAAAAAGUGUCUCACAAACCACAACUUUCAAGGCUGCUCCCUUCAUCCAUCUGAUUGUGUACAGGUUGUGUAGUUAGCCAAGCGCCAAGUCAAUUUUUAAUCUGUUUCACGUCCUUGUAUAGAUGAGACUGGCAUUUCCAUGCUGCAAUUUCCUUUUUAUGUGUAAAGUUUACUGACCUGUUCUCCCGUCUAUAACCGAUGAACAGGUAUAUAUUUGGUAACUUUUUUCAGGCCUUAAAUGGAUCUCUUUGGUCGUGUAAAAGCAACAACUAUUUAUACCCCAGCGCAGGGCCUGUUACAUGUACAUUCUUUUGUGAUGUCUUCAAAAAAAAUGUGAAAUGUAUCCACAUUAUUUAUAAAUGCCUUUAUUCUGUUGUA